CGCGCAAGCGGUCGCCUUGUUUACACACACAGCUGGGAAGACUUUCUGUCAGGGCUCAGGUGAUCUUGUUAUUAUUUAAUGUGUUGAUUAUUGUUAUUAUUAUUUGUAGUCAUGUCUCGAAGCGCCAUGGCUGUGGAGAGCUGCUGCUGGGGGCUGUCUCUCGUCUCGGUGCUGUUGUUAGCCCCGUCGCUGCGGUCAAACCCGGGGGUGUCCGGGGAGAGGGUUGCGCUGGUGGAGGUGUUCCUGCGGGACCUGCCCGGCACGCCCCGACCCGGGUACCGGCUGCAGGGGGCGGUGCUGGAAAAGACCCCCGCCGCCAGCGACAGCAAGGGACUCGAACAAAACCAGGAACUCGCCGAAGGGAGUCUGAUUCUUGUGGUGGAUGAGGGGCAGGAGCAGGACUCCCCAGUAAAGAGAGAGGCAGCAGAGCCCUGGAUCGGACUGGUCCCUGUGGAAGUGGAGCAGGCAGAGGCACAGAGAGGCAGCCAGGAGACAUUUGCAGCUGCUGUUGUCAGCAAGAUGAAGCGAGCCCUUGUCUUGGGAGCCUCUGCCCUGCUCAUCCUGGCUCUGAACCAGAACACCAUCAGAGAGAUGGACCUCUCCCAGGUGCUCUCCAAGCCAGUAGUUGUGAUUCAGACAUCAGAAAAUGUCACUAAACUUAUCGGCGCCCUCUUGAGAGGUCUUCGAGCAACUGCAAAAAUCACCUAUAAAUCUAUCCUCCAAGAUAAUCUGGGGGCGACGCUGACCCUGUGGUCGAGCUGCGGCCGGUCCCGGAGCGGGCUGUACGGGGAGUGGCAGGGCGUGAUCUGCACUGGAGAGACCAACUCACAGGUCCAGAAAUACCUCCAGCAGCUCUGGAACACUAUCCUAUUGGUAGCUCUGAUCUUGUGCACUGGGGUCGUAGUUCAGGCUCGCUGGCAGUACAGGCAUUACCAAUCAAAUGAAGAUAUGGAGUUACACCCAAAACACGACAUUGUGAAGCAUCUGGCUGCUCUGAAAACCAGACAGUAUCACCCGCUGGGUGCGCAGGAGCAGGGAGGAGAGACGGAGAACUGUGCCGUGUGUCUGGAGCAGUUUCACAAAAAACAGUGUCUACGGGUGCUGCCCUGUCUUCACGAGUUCCACAGAGACUGUGUCGAUCCCUGGCUCCUCCUGCAGCAGACCUGCCCGCUCUGCAAGCGAAGCAUACUGGGCAAUUACUCCACAGACAGCUGAAUUCAGCUCCAAUCAGGCUGCAAAUGAAGUUGGGAUCAAGCAACUCAUCUCACCGGCUGUCUCUCUCCGUGCGUCUCUGGGACCAGCACCUGCUUCCGAGGGCUUCUGUGUGAGGAGGGACCCACUCCUCUCACUCGGAUUCUAACAGUGCUAGGCAGCAGCCCUCUGUUGCUCCUAUUGACAGUGUAAAAGGCAACAGCCUUUGUUUGAUUUUGUUAACAAGCGCUAACAAUGAAGACUUCUGAGGGCUCUUUAGAGCAGCCCUCUAAAGUUGCCUUCUGUCAGCUUCUGCAAGAGAGACAAGCCCAUCUCUCACAUGCAUUUAGGUACACUGCCCACCACCACCAAGUACUGGGACAGAAUGACUGGGUGAGACAGUUAGAUUUUUUUUUUUGGUACCCCUAAAAUGUGACUACAAUAAGAAAGGUACAAUAUUUUGAUACAAUUAAUACAAUCAGCACUGAUUUAGAAAUGCUUUUUGGGGGUAAAGUGAAGAGCAAAUAUCCCGCCCAAUAAUGUUUAGGCUACCACUGCAUGUGUGGGAGGGAUUGCUUAUUAAAAUCUGUUGCAUGUGAUUAGAGAUUAUUCAGGGAUAUUUAGUAAUGCAAAAACAGGCCCCAGGUGACCGAAUCGUUGAAUAGUGUAAUAGUGUAAGGUGUCUGUUAACAGCUUCUCAGCUUUUGAAAUGUUCUUAUUAGAACAAAGUCUUUUUAGGAAACUCGUUUGUGUUACCCAACUUUCUCAAUAGAGAAGCGCACAAUAACUAAUGUUAUUACUAAGAGUAUGGCAGAAAUAUUAGACCAGUGAUGGUCAUUGUGUUUUUUGCAUAGCAUCAAGCAGCGUUUAACACAAGUAGACAAAAUUCAACACACAUUGUUGUACCAUUCAAUUAACACUCUUUGAGAUGAAGCAAUAUGGCACAACCGGGCGAGAGUCAUUGUGGGAUAUUGCUGCAUCUCGAGGUGUGUUGUGAGGCACCAGGUGAAGCCAAUUUUGAGAUUACUGAGGUCAUUGGAAACUGACAACAACUAAAAAUAGGUUUAAAUAGAACCUUGAUGAUGUCCUGACAAGUUGUCAUGGCUAUGUCACAUAGCCCAUUGAAAUCAAUAGGAGAAGGAUCCCUGCCAUUGUGUAAUGUAUAUUUUAUUACAGAUUUGAAACUUGUGUUCUCUUUAAAUUCUAUUUUGAUUGAUUAAGAAAAAAGUUUGUAUGCAGAGAUCUGCUAAUAGCCAGGAAGUUUUGUGAAUAUAGAAUCUGUUAUUAGGGAUUUGUACACCUUUAUUUAAAUGCAAACUUGUACACCUAAAUGAACAUACAGAACCACCUUAUGGUGUAUUAACACUGCUUGAUGUUACCAUGUAAAUUGCUCCUAUGUGAUCCUGCCACAGGAUAUUGCCAGUCCCGGGCUGAAUUCAGUGUCCCUGCACUAAACAUGUCAAUAUGAUGUGAAUUUAUCUUUAUAUGUAAAAAAAUGGAGGCAAAGUUACUAUGUAAAAUAACAAGAAGUCAUCCUUCCAGUAUAUCCUAACGUGUGUGUGUGUGUUUCAAAGUCACUCGCUCCAACCUACAGUAUCUAGAGCUUCCCUAAUAGUGAUUGUGCUUCAGGGUGAGGAGCCUGUAAGAGGGACUCUGCUCCUCCACUGUGUGAUGGUGUACGACUGCAGCACUUCUUGCUAUAGGUAUCUUGAACUUCAAACUUGCACUAUGGCACAAUGUUCGGCUAAUAAUGCACAUGCACAUGCUAUCUCUUACCGGAGGGGUGACAUAUUCAGCUGUACAUUUCUUUCAAAAUAAUUUCUUAACGUGAAAAGGUCAUCCCAUGAAAAUAUGAAUUGAUCCUGUUCCCACCAUACCGUUUUUGGUGAAAAACACACAUUCUCACAAUGCAGUCAGAGCUUUACAUUCAUGUGCCAGCCGUUAACGUUCCAGUCCCUCUGUACCAGGGAGUGCAUAUAAUCUUGACUAAUGUUGGUUUCAGUUAGCAAGUGACUUGAGUUUCUGCUGUUCCAUAAUGACUAGGACUGGAGCUAAUACAGCUUGUCCAAACAGCAUGACAGUUAAAGGGGCAUCAAAUGUAUAUACUUAAGAAUGUCCUUUAAAGAUUACAUUUCAAAGGACAGGUACUACAUUGGAACCAAUUGUAGAUGGAUGUAUUUUUAAAGUAAUUGUGACUAUGACUGCUACUAUGACAGAUCUCUGUGACCAAAGCCAAGCUUGAACCCACAUUCUUUUCUGCACUGCCCUUUCCAUUCAUAUAUGUAAAGUUUUCUGUUUCAUUAGUCAAUGAUAUUAAACCUAAUUGCAUGUCAGGACUUCCAAAUGUUGUUAAAUAAAUUAUUAUGACAGACGCCUGGCAGAUCCAUCACCACAAAAAUAUUGGGCUUGCCAUGAGUCAGCUAUUGAUGACUUACCAGUGUAGCAAACAUUAUGGAAUGGUUUUCUGUGGUCUGAAACCAUAACCUUUAGUCCUGGACCUCGUACUCUGACCACUACACUGUAACUGCAUGGAAUUGUAUGACUGAAAACUCACUUAGAAAGAAGCCAAAAUCAUUUAACACAAACUAUUUCUGAGAAAGAACACCAUUAUACCUCCCAUCGUGACAAUGCACUAGAGCACAUUAUGUUUCUUAUUGUAGUUUCACACUGGAAAGCAGACUGCUUUACAGAAUCAAAAUGAAAUUGUAAUGAAUGGAUUUCUAGUGCUUGAAAUAGUUUUUACAUACUGUGGAAGCUUAACACCUUCCAACAACCCUCUGUGUUUCCAAUCACAUUUCAGUCUUACAAAAUCUUCUGCAAGUACAGCAACAGCAACAGCAGGUGCUUUUGUGCCUCACAUUGUAGGAAGCAGGUUUUAAAAUGGAGGAAGAUUGUGUCCUGAAGACUAUCUUUGAAAAAUGUAAACUAACUGGAUUAUCAACCAUGUCUGAUUUCCGAUUAAACAAUAUAGUAAGCACACACCAUAUGUAAGUGUAAAAUUUUAAGUGUAAAAGUGUAUUUAAGAAUCGUCAGCACUUUUCAUGACAUGUUUACAGAGGCUUAUUAAAAGAUCUUUCUGCA